AGAUUGUAUUUCCCGCUUUGCGUUUGAAAGCCGUGCAGGGCCGCCCUUGAACUCUUCUGUUGCUUAGUCAGUAACUCCCAACGUCCACAUCCACAGCCACCCAUAUAUUUGUACAGCUAGUGACGUUGUUUACUUAUUAUUAUUGCUAUUGUCGUUUAAUUGAAACCCAUUGCUGCUUCUCCCGUGUUUGUAUCUCUUUCUUUCCCAUAAUGAGUAUCAUUAAGGAAGACGACGCCGUCGGCUACUACGCGACGCUCACGCUCGUGGACGACACGAAGGUGGAAGGGACGAUAUUUACGUACAACCCGAAAGAGGGUCUUUUAGUUCUGUUGCAGAAGCACGACGAGCAGACGAACAUGAAGAUGGUGCGCACCCCAUACAUUAAAGAGUUCCAGCUGAGCAACGCCGAGGAAGAAUCGCACCUGCCACCCGCGCUGGACUCCUUCAGCGAGCUGCCGUCGAUGCACGCCGGCCGCGACAAGUCUAUUUUCAAGCACGCCACCACGCAGCUGAAGAACGCCGAAGCCACCCGCGAGAAGCACUUCAGCGAGGUGACGGCCGACACACCGAUUGCGGCCGUUGACGCGUACCUGAAGCUGCUGCGGUUGUACCCCUUUAUCGAGUGGAACAAGGACGAGGGCGUCAUCCAGGUCUCUGACACUGUUAUCGUUGUGGGCGAUCCUGAUUGGAAGACUCCAAAGGCGGUGCUCGUCGACGGUGCCUCGGACAAGGAGAAACAGUUCGCCGAUCGGCUGCAGGUCGCGCUCAGCAACGGCAAGAAGUAA